AUGCCUUUCCGAGUUAUCGUCAUUGGCGGCGGCCUGGCGGGCAACCUGCUCGGGUGUGGGUUGAUGCGUGACGGCGUUGACGUGCAGGUUUACGAACGCGCAGUGCGGCACUCAAACCACGAAGGCCUGCAAAUCCGCCUCACGGCGCCGGCGCUGGUGGGCUUGCGCACCUGCUUGGAGCGCCCACACAUGCUGUCCAUCAUCAAGAAGUUUGGUCCCACGACCGAAGCCAAAGCCGAGGCCCCCCGCGUCUUCCAUAAAGACUGGUCUCUGCUUAUCGAUCUAAGCCGCUUCCCGGCCUACGGCAAGAAUGCACCCAUCAGCCGAGGUCUACUGCGUGACUGCCUCGCUGAUCCCCUAUACAACGCCGGCAAACUCAAGUACGAAGCCGCCUUAGAGCGGUACGAGAUCCUCCACCCCGGCACCGACGAAGAGCGGGUUCGCAUCUGGCUGAGCGACGGAUCCUACGACGACUGCGACGUGCUUAUCGGCGCCGACGGCAGCUACUCUAAGGUUAAUAGACUUAUUGGCCUCAACAGCCUUGACUACAUCCCCAAGCACGUGACCAUCGCGGCCAAGUGCGGCUUGCCUGCCAAGCGGUUCUUGUCCAUGUCCAAGGAGCUCGUCGGCGCGCCCAUCAUGUGCUGGGCUGAUAACAAACACAUGUUCUUUGGAGUGUACCUCCCAAAUAAGCAGAAUGAUGGGAGCCAACGAAAAGGCGCAUCCGAUGCGGACUCUACAAAGGCAUACGAUGAGGACUUGGCAUCUUGCAUGAUCAGCCUUGUCAUUGAGAAAGAUAUGUUGCCGGAAGAUAUCCACGAUCGCUCUCUUGAUGCGCAGUAUGAUUUUAUGGCGGAAACCGUCAAGGACUGGGCACCACCAUUCCAUGAAAUGAUCGACCUUAUGAGGGGCGCUCCUCUUCACAUAUAUACGCCGAGGGUCGCAAAACAGCCGUCGAAGAAUUGGCGGAAGAAGGUCGAGAACCGAGAUAAGCCUGGGGUCGGUCACCCGCGGAUUUGGGUAAUGGGCGACGCCGUUCACGCGAUGCUGCCGCCACGUGGCAUGGGCGGAAACCAAGCCAUGUUAGACGCCGGGCAUAUGUUGCCGUUUCUCACAGAUCUGGCAAGCAGGGAUUCCGAAAAGAAGCCCGUAUCGACAGAAGAUAUCCGCAAGGCAGUCAAUGAGUUCGAGAACGAGAUGAUACCCCGGGCGUUCAAUUGGGUGAAGAAGAGUGGAGGAGACAACUUUAUUCGCCUCUUCAACAAGACGCCAGCAGUAGAUGAGACGCCCGAGUUCAACUGGCACUAG